GCCCUGCUUAAUAACAUCCAAAUCAGUACGUAUCGAUAGAAUUAUAUUGUAGAAUUAUCGACCCGAACGACGCACGCGCAUCGAUAACACAAACAGCUGUUGUUUUGUAAUAGAUAGUAAAUAAUGCAAUAGACCUACUUUCUGUCAAUUAAAUAAAUAAAUAAAAAAUAAACAGCAUGAAAAUGUUAUUAACACUGCGCACAGUGCAUAGUGCAAGGCUCUGUUCGCGACGCUUGUUGGCCAGCAGCGCUGCCGAGGAGGCCAGUAAAAUAGUGACACCAAACAACCAAUCACAAUUGGAAAUCAAUGGAGGCACGUACGCCACUGACAGCUGGACGAAUGUAACGCCCAAAAUAUUGACGCAUCUGGGAAUGAAUAAGCAUCUGCAACAAGAUCAUCCACUGUCGAUUAUACGCCAGCGUAUUGUUAACUAUUUCUAUGCCGCGUAUCGCAAUCAGCGUGGAAAUCCACUCUUCUCAGUAUACGACAAAUUGAAUCCCGUUGUGACAGUGCAACAGAAUUUCGACAACUUACUGAUACCCAGUGAUCAUGUGAGUCGACAGAAAUCGGAUUGUUAUUACAUCAAUGAGCAGCAUUUGUUGCGUGCCCACACCACAGCCCAUCAAGUGGAGCUAAUCUCGGGUGGAUUGGAUAAUUUUCUGGUGGUUGGAGAAGUGUAUCGACGCGAUGAGAUCGAUAGCACGCAUUAUCCAGUGUUCCAUCAGGCCGAUGCAGUGCGUCUGGUUACCAAAGAUAAGCUCUUUGAGCGUAAUCCCGGCCUGGAGCUGUUCGAGGAGACGUGGACUGGUUCGAUAGCCAAUCCAAAGCGGAUUUUGCCCUCCUCCAAGUUCAUGGAUCAAACCAAACAGCCGUGUCAUACAUUGGAAGCCGUCAAAUUGAUGGAGCAUGAGAUGAAGCAUGUGCUUGUGGGUCUUACCAAGGAUCUGUUUGGGCCACGCAUCAAAUACCGUUGGGUGGACACGUAUUUCCCAUUUACUCAGCCCUCGUGGGAGUUGGAGAUUUACUUUAAGGACAACUGGCUAGAAGUGCUCGGCUGCGGUAUUAUGCGUCACGAGAUUUUACAACACGCGGGUGUGCAUCAGUCCAUUGGCUAUGCCUUCGGGUUGGGUUUGGAGCGCUUAGCCAUGAUUUUGUUUGAUAUACCUGACAUUCGAUUGUUUUGGUCCAACGACAGUGGAUUCUUGUCGCAGUUCAGUGAGCAGGAUCUGCAGAAACUAACAAAGUACAAACCUAUUUCGCACUAUCCACAAUGCACAAAUGACUUGUCCUUUUGGCUGCCACCUGAUGUGGAGGUUAAUGAAGGUUUCUCUCCCAACGACUUUUAUGACUUGGUUCGUUCGGUUGCGGGGGAUGUCGUGGAACAGAUAAGUUUAGUGGACAAAUUUAAACAUCCGAAAACGGGCAAAUCCAGCGUUUGCUUCCGUAUCGUUUAUCGCCAUAUGGAACGCACAAUGACGCAAGCAGAGGUUAAUGAAAUACAUAAAAAUAUUGCUGAUGCCAGUGUGGAACAGUUUAAUGUGCAAAUACGUUAAGCUUAGUCAAAUCUUGUUCAAAUAAAAAAAGAAAAAUUGAUAAGAAAACAAAA